UCCUCACUCCUCCACUCACAGCACUCAUGGACCCUCCACAACUCAUUUUGUAGGACACUGAUUUCCCAGGAAAGGGGGGCUUCUCUUUAAACUUCAUUGUGGAAUCCUGAGACCCUCCAAGACUGCAUCACAAGGCCCUGCUGCUGAUCUAAGCUGGCACCAUGGGGGUUAAAGCCGCCCUACCGCACUACGAGUUGGGAUUCUACGCUCUCGUGCUGACCUGCGCUCUGGUUUACUCCUUGAAUGGAGUAUUUGAGAUGUCUCGAGAUAAUAUGAACCGAAAGACGUUCCGGGAUGGCGUGAAGUCCGGCUGGCAUUACAUCGGCAGGAAAAUGGACUCCGCAGACUUCGAGUGGGUGAUGUGGUUCACCACGUUCCGGAAUUAUAUCGUAUUUGCUCUGACGGGACAUGUGAUCUUCGCCAAAAUAUUCUCCAUGUUGGUGCCUCAGUACAGGUCACUGGUUUACAUGCUGUACGGGAUGCUGACCGUGUGGGCCAUUAUGGGCAGUAACUACCUAACGCUGAUCCUCUCGCACUGCGUCGUCCUCUACACCAUCUCCCUGGCCAAGACGAGGUGCUUGUGCUUCGCUGCCGGGCUCUGCAGUCUGGCAACCUUCCGGCUGGAGCCAUUCAGCACCUGGCAAAACGGAUUUGUCACCGGAACGUUCACUCUACAAGAGAUCCUGUUCUACGGAGGGAGCGGACUGACCGUCCUCCGCUGCAUGAGUUUCGCCUUGGAGACCUGCGAUCGGAAGGAAGGGUUUUACUCGCCCGUGGAGCUUCUCAAAUACAACUUUUACCUCCCGUUCUUCUUCUUUGGCCCCAUUAUGACUUUCGACCGGUUCUAUGAACAGGUGAACACGCGAGCCAUCACGCGGAAAGAGAACGAGAUGUGGAACAUCCGCCUCCAAGCGUUGGGCCACGUCUGCGUUAUAAUCAUGGUGGAUGUGCUCUUCCACUUCCUCUACAUCUUGACUCUCCCGUCAGACCUCAAGGUCGUGUGCCGCCUUUCAGACUGGUCAUUAGCGGGCUUGGCGUACUCCAACCUGGUGUAUGACUGGGUGAAGGCCGCGGUGAUGUUCGGCGUUAUAAACACCAUCUCUAGGCUGGAUCACCUGGACCCUCCACAGCCACCCAAGUGUAUCACCAUGCUUUACGUCUUUGCCGAAACGCACUUCGAUCGCGGCAUCAAUGACUGGCUGUGCAAGUAUGUCUAUGACUAUCUUGGCCAGAACCACGAUAAUAUCAAGAAGGAGCUCCUGGCCACCGUGUCCACGUUUGCCGUGACCACCCUGUGGCUCGGUCCGUGUAACAUAGUUUACAUCUGGUCCGUCUUCAACUGCUUCGGCCUGAACUUCGAACUUUGGGUUCAGAAAUUCUUCCAGAUGGAGCCGUUUGCUAAAAUAGAGGCGAAGAUGCCCGAGUCUCUGUCCAGAAGAAUCAGGGGUGUUUUUGGUGCAGCUAACUUUUGGGCAAUCAUUUUGUACAACGUGUUAUCCCUCAACAGCCUGGAGUUUGCAGUAAUAGUCGCCAAGAGGCUUCUGAUCACAGGCUUCCCGUAUAACACUCUCUCCAUCUGGUUUGUCACUUACUGUGGAGUGCAGCUGAUAAAAGAGAGGGAGAGAACGCUGGCCAUCGAGGAGGAGAGGAGCGAGAAACAGAAGACGUCCUAAUCGAGAACUACAAGAAACAAAAA